AUGUUUGACACAAAAAAUCCAUCAAAUAAAAAAUACGAGCAAUUACAUGGAAUCACAAGAAGUAAAGGUUGGGAAUGAAAAGAAAGAAAAUGAAAAAUAAAUAAUAUAAAAAGAAAAAUACAUUUUAAAAAAUAAAAAUAAUAAAAAAGUAAAAAUAAAAAAGAAAUUAAAAUAAUAGAAAUAAAAAAAUAUUUAAAAUCAAAAAAAUUAAAAUAAUAGAAAUAAAAUAAAUUAAAAAUAAAAAUGAAUUAAAGUAAAAAAAUAAACAGACUAAAAAGUAACCCUGUAAUUACAGGGUGUAAUUACACCCAAUUCUCAGCCCCCCCCUUGAGAAUUGGAGAGUGUAAUUACACCCUGUCAAUUACACCUAAUUCCCACCUAACUGUGUAAUUACCUGGUCAAACAAACAGGUCAAACUGUGUAAUUACACUCAAUUACACCCAAUUCCAAUUACCCGGGUGCUUUCCAAACAGGCCCUUAAAAUCACUUGGACUUUGCAGUAAACACCUUUUUCUCUUUCUUCCUGCAGGAGCAACACGGAUUCUUUUAUUACUGACGUGAAUUACCAGUAAGAAAUUAUGCCGACUUAUGCUACACUCCCACAAACAAGGAAACAAGAAAAUUAAGCUACUCAAUUUUUUUCUUUGGGAAACUUAACAAUCUUUUCAACAUCUUUCCUCCAAAGUUUCCACCAAGACUGGACUGGUCGAACUAUCUCCUUAUAUAUAGCAACUUAACUUCUACAUUCAUCUCAUGACUUUGAUAUUACUCAAGACUUAUUAAUCUAACUCAAAAGGAAAAAAAUUACCCAAGCAAAAGGAAAAUAAGUCCAUGGAGAAGAUCUUUUCUUUCUCAGCUCAGGCCAAGAAGAUAGGUGAUGCACUCAAUCAUUUUAAUUCUACCAUCUUAAUUUGUAUGAUUUUUUGCUUAGUAAUCACAUUUCAGGAAUUUCGUUCUUGUUUUUCUUUUUUAAUUCGAGUCAUUCUUUUGGUGUUUACUCCACGUAACAAGUCUAAUAAUGCUGAAACUUCGCCAAAGGCAAAAAACUUUGGCCCUGAAAAAAUUGUCAAUAAUGAGAAACUAUUGGAUGAAGAUGUUGAGAUAGUACUCGAUGCACUAAUGAAUAUUUGCAAACAAAAUGGGGAUAAGAAUAUUGAUAAGGUAGAAUUGGCUAAGGUUUUCGAUUCAUUUGGUGAAAAGGAGCCUAGUUUGGAAGAAGUUAAAGAAGCUUUUGAUAUGUUUGACGAGAAUGGAGAUGGCCACAUUGAUGCAACUGAGCUAAAGAAAGUCAUUUGCAAGAUGGGGUUCAUGGAAUUUUCAGUGUUAGAUUGCCAAAGGAUGAUUGCGCCAUUUGAUGAAAACAGAGAUGGAAAAAUUGAAUUUGGUGAAUUUGUGAAGCUCAUGGAGAAUAUCUGUCAGUAACACUGCAUCAUUCACUUUCAAAUUUUCUUGUUUAAUUCUGUCUUUUACCCCCCUUGGCAUUAUGUAAAUUAAUUAUGAUAAUAACACGUUCUGUAUUAAUCUGUUUCCGGCACAA